GGCGUACCGUUCUUGCUCUGCUCUUAUUGCCAUCCAUUCGCCGAUGUUGAUUCUGUAGUCCCUCUCUGGAUGUCAUUUCUCUGCACUAAACCCUUCUCGCUGCGUCUGCCAGAGUUUUCUCAUUUGCCGGCUGGCAACCAUCCCGAAAUCAAAUCACAUUUUCUCGGACUAUGGCUCCAUACUCAUCGACUAAUCGGACUCGUGCAUCGUCUAGCACCAUGUGGGAUGCCCCCAAGAAAGCUGUUCUGCCUCCGCGCAGGGUCAUCGUUCUUUGUGUGGUCUUGUGUGACAUUUUGUCAGAAAUUAUUCUAACAAGGGUCAUCAGCAGCUGCAUAAGAGGCUUCAUUUUUGGAAUGGGGGGAGGAUUAGAGCCGUAAAUGGAGGCUUUUCGUAG